AUGCCCUCGAGGAAAAAGAUCGGCCUAUGGGCAUGGGCUCGGUCCUUAACUUCAACUCCACGCUAUUAUGGCGCGACAGGUGACGACCCAGACAAAACAGAGCUACUCACAAUCCCCAGCCAGCAAUCGGUUGCUUCCGCUUCAAAAGUUGAAACUAGAGAAACAGGUCCCAUAAACGACCCGACACUUGCUACACCUUUCCUGGAGGAAGCGGUAACUAGCAGCAUCAGCAACAGCUCAGCGAAUGCGGCUGAGGACAACAGUUCUCAAACCCGGCGACCCACUUGGAUCAAAGGCGUAUACCUUUGCGCAAAUGCAACUGUCGGUCUACUGCUACUGAAUACCGUACUCAUUUCCGUAGCAGGCGGGCUGGCAUCGAAGUACACAGGCUCUGGAGGAUCUUCCAACUCCAAAGUGGUCUACGAAGGCAGCUGCGUCAUAACAAGUCGAUGGAACACGGCAUUCCAUUUUAUCAUCAACGUUAUUAGCACCUGCAUUCUGGCGGCAAGCAAUUACUGCAUGCAAACGCUUGUCGCGCCAACCAGAGACGAAAUUGAUUUGUUCCAUGCAAAGCGUCGCUGGUUGGAUAUUGGCGGUUCUAGCUUCAGAAAUCUAUUUGCCAUCCCGCUUAGCCGUCUUGGGCUCUGGUUGAUUUUACUCAUCACGGCUACACCGUUCCAUUUACUGUACAACUCUGUCAUUUUCGAAAGUUUGUCAUAUAAUGAGUAUUGGUCAUUUGUUGCACCAUCCGAUUUCGAUGCUCAAAUUGUACGGAACCUGACGACUCCCGCGUUGGAGAAUUGCUUUCGAGCUGAUGUCACUUCCGGAUCAAACGAUAUCAACAGCGCCAAAAGCAUGGAUUGGGAUCAAAUAAUACAUAUUGUUAUGGGAGAAAGGAGCGAGAAAAUUUCCCCUGAGCAAUGUUCCCGCUAUACCGGUACAAGCUCUUAUUACCCAUCGGGGUACAAGGGCCUUAUUUACCUUGCGAGUGAUUUGGCUAUGGAAGAUGGAGGCGAUAUCGCUGUACUUCGGUCUACAGGCACCUCUCGGACUCAGUCAGUUUAUGCUGCAUCGUUUACCAAUCCGAACCCCUCAACUACAACAUCUGAUGAAUGCGCCGGUCCUCUUAGUCGUUCUACGACUCAUAGUCUCAGCGGGUGUUUGGCGUUUGAGGUUGCAAUGUUUCUUGCAGCUCAUCUUCAACGGACUCGAGCACCUCCUCUUCUUACAACAGGCGACGCAGUUGCGUCAUUCCUAGAAAGACCUGAUGAUACAACGAAAGGGAUGUGCUGGGCGUCACGACGUUGCAUUGAGAAGGGUAACUGGAGACCCUCUUCCGUACUGUCGACAGGCCAACCACCGUCUAGAGAAUAUAGAUACCUAUCACCGCCCAGGCAAUGGAGAAAAGCAUCUAGCCCUUCUCAUUGGGCAGUCACCUCAAUAAUCUUUGUUAUAGGUAUAGGAAUGGGCAUUGGUAUGCCUGCCGUCAAAUUACCUGACGCCGUUCGCAACCCUCAAGGUCUCUGGAAUUGGGAAAGCAACGUGAAAAGUACCGCGAAUUUUGCGUAUGGUAACUAUUCGGAGAUGGAGGGCGUGGUGAUAGCAAACAGCGUUCAACUAAUAGUCACGGUCGGCUACUAUUUCUAUAAUAGCGUGCUUACCAGCAUGCUAGCAUCGGCUGAGUACAGUUCCUACGGGGCAGACCGGAAGGCACUUCGAGUUACUUGGCCCGCCAAAGGCAGCCAGCAACGCUCGACCUACUGGCUGAGCGUUCCCUAUAAAUACGGCAUCCCAGUCAUAAUCCUCUUCAUGGCCAACCACUGGUUCGUUUCACAGGGCUUCUACUACGUCCUAAUGAUCCCGUAUGGCACGGAUGGUCAGCCCCUAUAUGGAAACAAGGUCAGCUCGGUCGGGGCCUCAGCCCUACCCGUGUUCAUUGCUGCCUUAGUUGGUGUUUUCCUGUUUCUAUUCUUGCUGUCUUUGGCGUUUCGCAGGCUUAAGUCAACUAUACCACUAGCGGGCUCCUGUAGUGCUGCUAUCAGUGCCGCCUGCCACCCGCCUGAGGACGUUUGUACCGCCACUGUAGCCCACGGGGAGUUGUUCUGGGGAGAGACUACUGGCCUACCACCUGAUUGGGUUGACGAUCAGAGUGACGGAUGUGAUCUUCCAAAAGGACAUUGCAGCUUUACUCCACUAGAUGCACGAUUGCCUUCCUUAGACAAGUUGUAUUCUUAG